AUGAAGGUUGUAGAUACAGAUCAAGCAAAUGCCCAGCCACGAGUGAAUGCUGAAGAAGUGGGGCUGUGUAGAAUUGUACUUAAAGUGGAAGAUGGCAGCUAUGGCCACCCCGUUGAACACCAUCGAGGCAAAGUGGAGGAGGGCGUGAACGAGUUUCAGGACCCAAUGAUCAAAACACCGAUAGAUUCUUCCUCUGACGAUGCAAUUCACAAUACAGACGAAAGCUUAGCACAGGUUCAACGGAGUCACAGGCAGGAGAGUCAAGGACUUGUUUGGCGCAAUACAACAGUGAGACCAUUUCACAAGUUCCUUCCAACCAACAUUUUGUUGGAAAUGGAAAGUCUUGUCUCAAAGAAAAAGCAUGAUUAG